AAAUAACGAACUCGUGCGCAGGCUUCGCACGUGUGUCAAAUUUCAAAAUUUCGAAGUGGACAAAUUUUUGAAUUGAAAAUAUAUUUUGAAAGUUCAAUUUUUGCAACCAAAAAGUCUUUUUAUUUUAUUUUAAAAGAGGAAUGAGUAGUUUCGACUAUCCUACGUCUGGAGAAAGGCUUAGUAGCGCUCAAAGAGACCAACUUUUAGAGCAAGUCAAGCAACAAGUUGCUUUGGCAAGCGCACAAGAAUUGAUACAGGUUGAGUAUAGUAGUGUGAUAUUGUAGACUUGUAGUAUCGUUUUAAUGUUAUAGUGGAGUUUUAUUGUUGUUUCGUUUGUAUCUUCAAAGAGUGUGCGUUUUGAUAGUUGGUGUGCCUUAAUAUUAAACCAGUACAGGGCAGUGAAUGCCAAAAUUAUAGGGGUCAAUUUAUACAGGACAGUAUGAGUAAAUAGUUGUAAACAAAACAGCAUUUACAGUCUUUAGUAAUUUUAUUAUUAUGUAGAGGUAUUCUAAGUCUUUAAACUAAAGGGACGUUGCUAAGGCAUCAACAUUGGGGGGGGGGAGGGGGGGUUUGUCGUGUUUUGACCAACAUUUAAUAGAAUUUUGACCAAGUCGUAAAAAAAAUUUCUGGACUAAUUUCUGGAUUAAUUUCUGGACUAAUUGUCGACCAAAAUAAACAAGGUUUGCCAAUUUUUCACCACAAUAUACCGACUUUGACCUUAAAUUUUAAGCAAAUAUCGGUUCCAUUUUGACCAACUUUGAGCAAAUGCCAGUUCUAUUUUGACCAACUUUGACCAACGUUUGAAUUAUAUAAUAGGAGAUACAAUAUUUUCAACUUUUAUUACUUGUAGAAAAUGUCAGAUAAGUGUUUCAAGAAAUGUGUGUAUAAACCUGGGACGUCACUAGAUGGCACUGAACAGGUACAAACAUACUUAUAGUAAUAGGCUGUUGCAGUAUUGAAAAAAAACCCAAAAUAACUCCUUCCUGUCCUUCUUGAAAUAACUCAAAUCAGCGACCAUUUUGCAAUCAGCCACUGAUGUUUACGUUCUAAAGUUCACUUUUUGACAAGUGAAAUGACAACUUAUAUUGCAAUGCCAACGUAAACAAACAUGUUUUACUUAAGACUUUUCCUACAAGCUUGACACAUUGAUUGUCUUUGUCCUUCUUGAAAUAACUCCAAUCAGCGCAUGGAAAAGCUUGAUAUGACGUUUAAUUUUUAAGAGGCAAUUUUUGUCAGUGUCUUGUAUUUGCAAUGAAAAGUGUUCAAAACUGAAAUUUUGUUUGGCGUUCCUCUCAAAAUUACAUUGUUUUACUUAGCUUUAUUUUGUAGUUUCCAUAGUUACUGUACUGUAGCUACCUUCAGUUUUAAAUGUAUCUGGCGGUUGAGAAACACAAAAUAACAGUUAAAUAUUGUCAAUUUAAACACAAUUAUCAUUGAUGCUGUAAAAUUGAUGCCAUAUUUAUACAGCAAUAUAAGCAAAACUUACUGAACUUCAGAUAUAAUUUUCUCUUUGGCAUACCAUCCAAAAUCUCUUCAUUGCACACACCAAACAUACUUCUUAAGUAAGUUAAUUUUGUUUGCCGCUUGAGAAACAUCAAAAAUUUUAAAAAAUUGAAUGCACAUUUAGUCAUAAGUGGAAAAGUAUAUAUUCAUGCAGUUUUGAGAGCGUAUUAUGUAUUAAAUACAAAAGAUUCCUCUUUCAAUAUACAAACAGAAACUGAUACUUUUCAAUAAUUUUUGGUAUAUCGAUAUACCGCAACAGCCUAACUAAUAAUUUUAAUAUUUAUAUAUAGCAAAACGUAGAAAUAUAUUGUGUGAAUGAUAUCAUUUUGUCAUUGUAUAACACUAGGUGACUAGCUUUGAGUGAGAGCGGCUUUCCAGUUGACUCAGAAAAUUAUGUAAUGUGCUCUGUUUAAAUAACAUUAUGUAAAAUUAUGUAAUGUGCUCUGUUUAAAUAUAAUUUUAGAAAUGUCUUGCAAUGUGUAUGGAUCGAUACAUGGAUACUUGGAAUUUAAUCUCUAAGACAUAUAGUAGUCGCCUUCAGAGGGAGCAUGGCUCGGGCUCUACUUUUCAGUAAUGUAUAAUAUUUAUACAUUGCAUGAUAUGGUAGAAAACUGUUUAAAUAAAUUUGUCAUCCGUAGGACUACAAUGCGGCAAUUCUGUCAAGUGUCAAUGUCGAUUUUUAUUGAAGAGUAAUUUGCAGUACUUAUUUAAAUAUAUGUAGAAUUUGAUUGUAGUUUUUUGAUUAUGUUUAUAUUUUUUGAUUAUAAUUUUGUAAAAAUCCCAAGCAAGCUCCCAAAAUAUCCCGAGAUUCCCUAAAA